AGUCGAUUGUGGGGCAUCGGCGCGCUUGGGUUCAAUCGUCGUCGCGCACGUGUGUGACAAUUCGUCGCGAGACGCGAGGAUUUCGCGGGAUCCGCGUAGGAUCGCCCUCAUUGCCGAGCGAUAACGAGUAUCCUGCAAGAUAAGGGGGUUCGGGAUAAAUUAACUUCUCUUUCAAUCCUUAUCGCGGUCUCGGCUCGCCUGCUUUCUUUCGCGCUCGCGCUCAUUUCAGCCUGUCGCGAGUUCCGCUAGAAUGAGGCGCGUUGGCUGUGCACGCGAGCUCGCGGCAGUCGCUAGGGAAAGUGAUUCGUGUUCAAUCGGGAAAUUGAAUUCCGAGCAAAGACACCUCGUCCAAUAGAACGAACUGUCGAGGAACGAGCUGGGCGAGUUGUCGCUUCGUUCAACGAAAUUCUUUUACCGCGAGGGAUUCGCGGUCUCGAAGGAGGCCGGGUUCUACCGAAGAAGAAGAGCCAUACGUGUCGCAUGCGAGACUCACCAUUAAGCAGCGGCCUGUGGGGGUUGCGACGGACACCAUAAGGUCGUUCUCCAAGCAGCCACGCGACCACCGACCGUGGGAGGGUCGUCGCGCUCCGCUGGAUCGUGAAAGCACCUCGUUGAAGUAAAAUACAGAGCACCCUGGGCGCAUCUUGGCCACCGCGAACGUUUAUCGGGCCCCCUCGCUCGUCCACGACGUGUUCCUGCAAAUAACGAAAAACCGGGACUUGAAGAGGUGAAAAUAAAAACUUUCGCAGUGUUCUCUUGCUUUUUUCGCUCCGGCCGAUUUUGGCGGGCGUUUCGCAAGCUUUGUUGAGUGAAAACAGUGAGAAAACAUGAGCGCGUUCAAGAGAUAUCAGAGCAAAGUGUUCUGGGACCAAAUGGCCACACGCGACCUGGAGAACGAUCGUCCCGUGGGAAGAAACGAUCCUCCGCGUUACUCUUUUAACGAACGUGUGCGUGAACGGGAGGAGGAGAUAGAAGAAGAAGACGAUUCGACCAAAUCGGAAAAUAAUACGACCGACGACGCGAAUAUUACUGCAAUACGCGUCUGCGACAAAAGCGACGAGAAUACCAAACAGAACGCGUGUCGGAUUUCAUUGAUUCGCGACGAAAGUAUAACGCCUCGCAGAAUGACAGUGGAGGACGAAGCGGGGGAGGAGCGCGAGAUAAGAAACAGAUCCUACAGCCCCGUGAGUCAAGAUCUCAGGAGCCAGGACUCCGGGUUCUCCGACUCCGAGAGGUCGGACUGCUCGGAGGCUUACGAGAACGCGACUCCGCGGCGGAAGUUGCGGAGGAAACGGAUGAGGCGUAGGAACCAGCAGGCCUCUCCGUGGCCGGAGGAGGAGGAAUCUCCCCCGAUGCCGACGCACACGUCCACACCGAAGGAUUCCAGGAUAUUCGCCGCGAGGAAUCGCUUAGGGAAGUCCGCAGGGAGCCCGUCGCGAGAACGAGGGGCUGACGAGAAGCGGGACGACGCGUCGAAAGUACCAUCCACGGUCUCGCUGGGGGAGGAGAGUCUGUGCGACUUUCUGUACGCGUCCGAGCCGCCGGAAGACAGCGUUCAGCCGUCAGUAACGAAAUCGCGGGCUUCCACCGCCGCCGCGGACGCGAUCGCCGCCGGCAGGGACGUGUUGAACUCCAGGAAUUAUCGUCAAUCGUCGUCCAUGAGGGCAUGGCUGACCGACCUCGCCACGGUGACCGAGAACGAGUGCGGCAGCACGCUACAGAGCAAGAAUCUGCCGCGCGGUGGAGUCCGAGUGGUGUCCGGCGAGGUUCACGCGCGGGACCUGAAGAUGCUGUCUUCCGCGGCCACCGCGGCCGCGAGCAAACUCCUGGUCAGCGCGGAACACUUCGAGCAGCAUUAUCGGAACAUCGUGGAGAAGAUAACUCGGCUGGAAGGUGGCAGAUUCGAAAUGGAGCUGCUUCGCAACAUAGAGGAGGCCGCGUUCUCGGUCCUCUCUCAAUUAGGUGCACCUCCUCCGCGCAGGAUACAGCAGGGCAGUCUGAGGAGUAUCCUCGCGCAGUUGCACAAUAUGAAGAUGUACGUCGACAGCACGGUCGACACGCGCUUAGAUUUUUACAUCGAGAAAAUAGUCCGAGGUCUCGAGGAAGCACCGUGGGAGGAUAGCAGCGUGGCCAGGGGCGCUCUGGCAGCCCUGACGGCUCUAGGAUUGUCGGAUCCUCGCGCGGGAAGCAGCAUAGCUCGCUGCUCCGGCAUAAAGGCUCUCUUGACGUGUCUCGUCACCACCGGUCGAACACCGAGCGAUCUCGUCGCGCUCUCGUUGCGCGCUCUUGCCAGCGCGUGCAGUUCCGCGACAGCGAUCGAAUACUUCGCCCGGGAAAGCGGCCCCGAGAUUCUGACGGAUCUCCUGGGCGCGGAAUCCUCCACCGAGAAGGAGAAGACCGAGGCCACCGCCUUGGUGGUGCAAAUCACGGCGCCGUGGACCAAUGCGAGGGGUCUGCCGUAUCUCGAGCCCUUCGCGGACUCUCUGAUACCGGCGUUGAAUCAGCUGGUCGAGAGCACCAAUUGCGCUCAGACCCUGCUGUUGACUGCCGCGGCGCUGAAUCAGCUGUCCAAGUCGAGGAUAUGCACCACGAUCAUACUAGAGGAGGACAGCGUGAGGAAGCUUCUGAGAAGCGUGAAGAAAUCCGCGGGCGGUAACGUGUGGCUUAUGGAGCAGGUCGCCGCAUUAAUCGGCGAAUUGGCGCGUGUUCCCGAGGGCCGAUCGCAUCUGGCGAACGCACGAGCCUCCGUGGCCUUGGUUUCUUUCCUCCGAAUGAGACCACCGGGUCUGGAAGACGCGUACCAACGGCUGGAGAUCACCGCGGCGGCCGCGUUGACGCGACUCUGCGUCGAGCCAGAGAUCGCGAGGCAAGUGGUCGCCGUCGGCGGCGGGGAUUGUCUGUCGGGGCCGUGUCGAGUAAACGAGAAGGCCCGGGUGGAAGAGAAGGACGAGGAGGCGCAGACGGGAACGGGCUUGUUCAGGUACACCAGGUCGUUGAGGCGGGCGUGCAAGAAGGCUGCGAAACAAAUCGGGAUCGCGAAGGCCAAGGAUCACAGCGCACUGGAUUGAGGGAAAUCUGGAAAGGGAAAACUUUGUUGUGAUAACUCGUACAAUAAGUGGGAUCACGCGCAGAAGGAGAAGACUGUAAAUACAUUUUAUAAUUGUAAGCUAUAAUUACAAGUAUAUCAUCACAUCGUUGAGGAGUAAACGCGGACAGAACAAGUAUCUUUGUUAAAUAUGUACAGAUAUAUAUGUAACUGUCAGAGUAUCCUAUCGCAAGGAUACGAAUGCGUACUGUAAAAAUAUGAAUGUUUUAUUUUGUCAUUAAAAAAAGUGCCAUGAUA